AUGGCAUUUAGUGAAAGUUGGUCAGUGCUAGAACCGGACCUAGAAACCGUCUUUGCCCAUGAGGCAGAUCCGCUCCAAGCCCUUGCGGACGCUCGCAUAGCGGGUAUUGCGCUGCGCGGUGCGUAUAAUCCAGAUCAGUGUAGCGAAUUAAUGCAGCGAUUCGUUGAGCGAGGUAUGAUGCGUGACCCGGCGGACUCGACCCCGGCAGAGAACUUGCCGAGCCGGAUCGAUAUCGGCUCGAGUCUGGUCAACCGAGCACGCGGAGGUUUGGCGGUAUCAGAUGAUCCUGCCGAGAACAAGGAGGCUUUCCUUCAACACUCGGCGAGCACGCAUGAACUUUUCAGCCACCUAUUCGACGGGUUUGACAAUCCAGUGGAUACCCUCUACGAUUGCCUCUCCGCGCUGACGGUGAACAAGGAGGUGAAGGUCGCCCGUGAACCCGAUGGGCGUCUCUACGGUCCCGCAAUCUUUCGGGUCCACUAUGAGGGCCACGCGUACUCUCCCCACAUCAAUCACGUUGCAAUAGACGACAACCUCUUCAACUUCGAGGUUUCCCGUUUCACACACCAAUUCGCGGGUCUCAUCUGUAUACAGAAUUCCGUCCAUGAUGGAGAUAGUCCGCACGCCGUUAUCCAUCGGUGCACUUGGAGUCCGGAGGUGCAAUCCCACGUCUCCAACGGUACGUACUACGAAUACGCCGCACAAAACAAGAUUGAACAGCAGCAAAUCGAGGUACAGCAGGGUGACUUUUACCUGUUCAACAGUGGUUGCAUCCAUCAAGUGGCUGCUGUAGAGGGGAACACACCCAGAACGGUUUUGGCGACUUUUAUCGGCUAUUCGGAGGAGGAUGACGAAAUCUUUGUUUGGGCGUAG